GACAGGCACACGUUUCUGUAAAUCCUUUGGUCAGUCGGACAACCUGUAAAGGCAAAACAAUAUCAUUAAUUAACUGGAGCAUAGAGUUUAGACACUUACAGUUAUCAUGGAAAUAUACGUUACAAUUAGUGGAAAUGAGAGAAGAUAGAGGAAUAUACGGAACUAGUAUGGUGAUCUUUGCAGCAUGGUUUGUGGUUUGGUCAAACGUUAUUUGUAACGUGAGAUCGGAGAAAGCUACAGUGGCAUGUUCAUUAAGCGGCACCAAUAACCAGAACCUGAGAAUGUCGUUAAGUAUAGUUAAGGAAAAUGACGUCAUAUCGAUGAUGUCUGUGUACACGGCGCGGGAGAAUGAUCCAACCUUAAGUAGGCUUAUCAAUGACGAAGGCUGUCAGGUGACCGGAAAUGGUGAGCUGGCCACACCCUUUUCUAUUACGGUGACUUUUGACGCCACCUCAGACAGAUAUCCAUGUGGAAUUGUAGUUACCAACAUUAACGAGUACAGACUUCGAGUACGAUCAUUCGAACACCCGGGAGUAAAAUCAACGAAUGAUGCAUUCUUCGAUGCCGUUUGUGACAGAUCUGAUGGUAGUCAAACAAACGCUGUUUUGCCGAGGUCUGCGUUUUUGCCCGCAGAAAAAGAUUUAUUAAGAUUUGAACUGUUCAAUGAUAGGAAUCAGCAGGCCACUACUGUUAAUCUUGGGGACAGUGUUUAUUUCAAAGCAGAAUACUACUAUAAUAACGAGUACCGUGUUGGAACAUGUGGAUACGAUUUUUGGUUUGCUCUUCCACAAGACUCGGAUUCCGAUGCUACUUUUACGAACUAUCUUAUAAUUUCUCAUCGUCAAACACAACCUGUAAAUACAACACUUGUAUAUUCUAAUGGCAGCGAAAACUUAAUCAACUUUGUUGGAGAAUUCGGUUUUAAAGCCGCAAUAUUGAGUAUAGAACCACAUACUGGUUCAGAACGAGUGACUAAUAAAUCUAUACAUAUAAUUUCCACACAUCAAAUCUGUGUUUACUCAUUUAAUUAUUUAUCUGCUCAGAGUUCAACACUUUUCUCGUUAUUUCCAACAAAUUAUUUGGGAAGAGACUAUGUCAUAAAUAAACUGUUUAAGGAUAAUACAGUUGUGGUUCUCGCAACUGAGAGUAAUACUGAUAUAUCACUAGAAGGUGACGUCACUAAUCUAGACAAGCCGUUCUCUCUAAGCUCGCUUGAGCCGUUUGAAUCUGUGCAGGUGCUCGCCAAGGAUUCUUUAACAAAGUUGAGGAUCGUUUCCACAAAACCCGUAGCUGUCUUUGUGGGAGCCAAAAGUAUCACGGAUAGCACUGACGGAUACGCGGAACAGAUAGCAGAUACUACAAAGAUGGGAAAUAAAUUUGUGUUCCCUCCCACUUUUGGGGAAAUUAUUUGUACUUCUUUGACUCCAAGUACUGUGAUAAAUUACAUUUGUAAUGAUGGUUCCUCGGUAGAAAAUACUAUACCGCAGUAUGAAAGUGCAACAUUUACUUCGUCCAAUACUCACCACUGUCUAGUAGAAUCUAGUGCACCACUUUCGUGUGGACAAUAUUUUAAGACAGCGCCAGCGGGUGAUGUGAAGGGAUAUGCUUCUAUGAUACCUUUCUCUCAGUGGUCUACACAUUAUAGCUUCGGAACUUUCGUUAAUAAAGAGUACGAAAUUCUAAUAGUGAUCGAAGAUGGUUUUCAACCUGAUCUGGAAAUAUGGGGAUAUCUUGCUGGAGUAGUGAAUGGAUCCACAUUAUCGUGGUCAAGUGUUCUCCGACAUUCAGGAAUAUCUUACAUGGGACUCACUUUUCCAAUAAACAUAUGGUUUGGACCACGAGUACAAGUUUCUCACCCAAGUAAAUCAUUUUUGGUACUCUUGAGGGACAAUCGUGAGAUCUCCGUGACGAUACCUCCCAAAUCAUUCAUGGACAACGUCUCGAGAUGCAGUAAUACAUUAGGCUUUAGUGGAGACCAUGUUGAUAGCGACUGUGACGGUAGUAUAGAUGAAGACACUGCUUUAGCGUCAGGUUCCAAGACGUACGACUUGAAAGCUUAUCCAGAAGGUACAAAGGCUGCUGGAGAAAUUCGUUUUACGAAUUGCAUUGCUAAAUCCAAUGAUAUUUGGAAUGAUGGUGGACCCACAGUUACCUUUAUUGACCAGAAUGGAUGCAUGGUGGGACCAGAGAGCGAUCUUUUCGCCAUAAACUCCACAUUUUCCGAAGUGACAACAGGAAAGUUGGAUUACCCAAAACUUUUUUCAUCCGGGUACCUGGAGAGUGCCAGAUUUUCUGGAAGUAGUGAUGUUUACUUCCGGUGCCAAGUUCUUCUCUGUUACGAUUACUCAGGGGAAUGUUUUAAGGAUGCAUGUCAAGUUGGCACUGGGUAUAUUGGAGAUAAAUACGACAGAAUGUAUGUUGAUCUCAAAGUCAAAGUUUUAUACAGUAAUGAAAAACCACUCCACAGUAGACGAGAGGUUACAGAUAGCAAUAGUUCCGAGACAAGCAUCGACACUUUUGUUAUAAUCUGUGUGUCUUCCUUCAUCCCUCUGCUAUUGUCGCUAGCUGUCACUCUGGUGCUUUACAGAAAACUCACGUUUCUGAUAGAGGAGACAAUGACUCAGUCUACUGACAAAUUCAAACAGGAACCCAACAAUUUAAACAGGCUGUGAAGGAUGGUCGAGUAAGGCUCCAGUCCCGGACCACGGUUUGGAGACUCCAGAUCCUAACACCGUCCGUGUGAGAGAGAAGGAUAACAGCCUCGGUUGAGUUAAUCCGUUCAAUGUCAUUGACUUGAAGGCAUUUUACAAUUGAAAGUUUCCGAGUGCGUUCUCAAAGGCAAUUCGAUGCUUGGAAAUAAGGUUUCCUUGCACUUUUGUACAUAAUCAUUAAAUCGGUUGUGGUUUUGUAGCAUUCUAAUAUUUAGUAAAAUAAAUUGCAGCUCUUGACAGAAUCAGAACUUCCGGUUAAGUUUGUAACUGUUGUAAUGUUGAUUUGGACACUUAAGGCAACUACUAUUUAUUUUGUAUGUAUCAAUUUGUUGUUUAUUUGAUGCUGUUCAACAUUUAUUAAAAUUAUUUUAACGUAAA